AUGCCGCCUCAGAGCGGCAGUACGGACGGUACCGUUCCAGGCGGGAGUAGCUUCCCGGCCUUGGGACAAUUUCCCAAAGCUAUCGAGGAACGUUUUCUCGUAAUGGAACGCACAGGUGAUAGUCAAACACUGGAAAAGAUCUCACCGUUUCUGAUAGAUAAAGUAAUCAAAAACUGUUGCGGAGAUGUUACCAGUAUAAAUCGAAUCCGAGAUGGAAAAAUUCUUAUAAAAGUGAAAAAUGAGAGGCAAGCGACACAAUUACGAAAAUUGCACUGCAUCAUCCCUGGUAUCAAUGUUGCUGUGAAUGAGCAUGCAACGCUCAAUACUUGCAGAGUAGUAAUUACCUGCCGAGAUCUACUCGAAAUGAAAGAAGAAGAUAUUUUGGAAGAAAUGAGAGAGGAGAAAGUAAUUAAAGUGGAACGCAUAAUGAAAAAAGUUGGUGAUAUAUUGAUCAAAACGGCAUCCCUAAUUUUAACUAUCUCAGCACCUAAUCGCCCUGAAAAAAUCAAAGUUGGCUUCAUGCGCGUUCAAACACGGCCUCACUACCCACGCCCAAUGCGUUGUUUUCAAUGUCUUAAAUACGGACAUCUAGGACGAGAUUGUAAAGCUGCCAAAACAUGUGCGAAUUGCGGAGAUAACUUCCACGGAGAUAACUGCAAUAAAGAAACAAAAUGCAUUAACUGCCAGAAACCGCACAAGGCGACGAGUCCCGACUGUGAUAUAUGGAAAAAAGAGAAAGAUAUCAUUCGCCUCCGAAUAGACCAAAAUCUAUCUUACCUUGAAGCUAAGAAAAUCUUUGAUCUGCAAAACACUUCGAAAUCAAGUUACGCUUCCAAAGCAGUUCUAAAUGCCAACGGAUGUAAAUGCCAAUGCACAUGCCAGAAGACUUCGGAUAACACAGCCAUUACAGAAACGCAACUGUACAACAAACAACCAAGCCGAAACGCCAGACUGCAAGCAAGUAUCCCAAUAAAAAAUGAUGAUGAAGGAACCCCCACCAAUACUGCUAAAUCGAGCACAAGUGACAAUAGUCCAGCAAUAUCACCGAAGCAAAAGAGAGCCAAAACAACCAUGAGAACUAAUGUGAUCAAAAAGUUAGAAACAAUCCCCUGCCAAGAAAAAAAUACGUCAGGUCCACAAUUAAGACGAAAGCCAGGCAGACCCAAGAAAAAGCCUUUACCAACUACCCAGGACACUACAGAGCCGGAUGACGAAACGAGUGACAUGGAUAAUAUCUAA